AUGCUAACCGAAAUUAUCUUUUCCGACGGCUCGUCUGGUACUUAUGAAAAUUCCUUCUUAGAGGAGAAUUAUCCCUUUUUCAAAACUUUAUUCGAAUUUGACGAGGCAGAGUCAAGUGAAACUGAAAGUUUUUUCGACGAUUUGGAGCCCUGCACAAAAGUUGCUUUGCCGAUGAAAAUGGUCACAUUUGAAAUUCUGGACUUUUCGGAAUGGGAAGUUGAGCCUUUUCUUGAUUUUGUCGGCAUGGAAACAGUCAAAGUAGCCAACACGAUCGAAGAUGUGCUCCGUCAAAUGACCCUUUUACACAUGAACAAACAUCUGGUCAAAAUCGGAUAUGGAUCUGUUCCGGAUGAUUUGAGGCGCUUCGUUCCAACCAAACUGCCAGUUGUUGACCCGAAAUUUCGAUAUGUUAAGUUUACUCCAAGAAAGGCUUCCCUAAUUUUUCGCAGGAGUAGGGGUGAGCCCAACAAAAGUGAUGAGUGUCAAGUGUAUACUUUCUUCAAGAAUAAGAAAAUGGUGAACUGCGGUAUCGAAAUUCUAAUGAUUUUUGAACGAGAAAUUUUCGAUUUGCCAAUGAACUGCUACAGGUCGCGAUCAAAGGAAUUCUCAUUCAAAUUAAUGGAUCUUCUACCCGAUUAUUACAAAAACUACGAUAUUCUCUUCAAUCAACGGCGAACGCUGCGCGAACUUUACUCUCGCUACCCUGCGAAAAUCGAGGAAGUAGAUACCAGCAGUUACAGUGGGAACUCUCUUGCUUUUCUUGAAAACACGGAGGCGAAACAGCUUUGGAAAGUGAAGAUCAGGUUUUGGAAGAAACGAGCUUUUGUGAGAAAUGGAAUCAAGGCAAGUCAAAAAGUUUGGGAAGAAGAUAAGCUGGUUUUUCUGCUGUACGAAGACGACGAAUCGAUUAAAUACAUUCCCUCCGGCGAAUUUUUAAAGAAAGAUAAAUUCGUUCCUGCACCUUUCUAUGGAGGUUAUUAA